GAGAGUACUAGUAUUGUUGUUCAUGAGAAAUAAAAUUAAGGGUUUUAUUGUAUUAGGUACUCUCUCUCACUGUGUCUGGGAGUGAGACAUCAGUAGCAGUGGUUGUUCUUCUCAAAAGAAAUGGGAAAUGUGAACGGAAAUCCAUCUCUUUCCGAAGAAGAUGACGAUGAAGAAGAAGCACCACCUUCUACCGGCACUGUUCCGUUGAACGGUGAAGGAAUCGAUAACUCCAUGAUGAUGAUGACUCACUCUCCCCCUACAAGCCCUAGAGCUACCCAUUCUCCACUCAGCUUCACUCCUCAAGUUCCUGUGGUUCCUUUACAAAGACCUGAUGAGAUGCAUGCUAUUUCUCCAACUUCUCAUUCAUGGACUCAAACUACUUCUGGUUAUGAAGACAUGUGCACUGAACACAGAAUUCCAACUAUGAUUACUUGGAGUCACGGUGGUAAAGAAAUCGCCGUUGAGGGAUCGUGGGAUAAUUGGAAAUCAAGAAUUCUCUUGCAGAGAUCGGGUAAAGAUUUUACGAUUAUGAAGGUACUGCCAUCUGGUGUUUAUCAGUACAGAUUUAUUGUCGAUGGAAGAUGCAGUUACACACCGGAUUUGCCUUGGUCUCAAGAUGAGGCUGGGAAUGCUUACAACAUUUUGGACUUACAGGAUUAUGUUCCCGAAGACAUUGGAAGCAUUUCUAGUUUUGAACCUCCUCAAUCACCAACCUCAAGUUAUGACAAUAUACAACUUAGUUCUGAAGAUUAUGCAAAGGAGCCGCCAUUAGUUCCUCCACACUUUGCAAUGACACUGCUGAAUGUACGUACAACAAAUAUGGAAAUCCAACCUCCUAUGCCAAGACCUCAACAUGGAGUGCUCAAUCAUCUUUACAUGCAGAAAGGAAAGAGCAGUCCUUCAGUGGUUGCCCUUGGUACAACUCAUCGGUACAUGGCCAAAUAUGUCACUGUGGUGCUUUACAAGUCUUUGCAGAGGUAGAUCGUCAACACAAAUGAGAUGGACCAGUCAUUAAGAUUGAGAUCACUGCCUGAAAGUCAAGAUUGUAUUACAUAUAAUGCAAUUACUUAAUGGCCAAUUAUCAGAUGAUUUAGUUCCAGUUCUUACAUAUUUGGUGAUACUUCUAUCUAGGAAUUUGGAUUGAGUGAUCAAAAGGAUAAAAUAAUUUACAUGUUCUUCUUAUCACUUAUAGCUGGAACAGCAAUUUGGUGGUUAAGCUAUUUUGCAGUUCAUAUCCACCAUAUUUGCAUUUUCAUUGUUAGCAUCUCUCUUACUACUUCCCUAUCUUAUUUUUUCAGUUUUCUUGUGCGUCCUGGUGGUUGGGUUCGGGUUUUUGUUGCGGGUUUAAUCACGUAUUAGAGAUGUUUGUGAUUCAUUCUCCUGUAAAUUGACUUUGGCUGGUAUAAAGAAGUCUUUUUAUUUUGCUGGGAGAAA